CAGUUUAGAAUUGGAUUCGACAGACGUGUGUAGACAUGUAGUCUGAGUGAUCUGGUAUUUUAAAAUGGGGAAUCAGGUGUGCUCCAAAUCAAGGACUGUGAUAGUUGGAGAGCCGGAUAAAAGAAGUUUCCCAGACAAUCGUAUAGUAUCGUCAAAGUACACAAUAUGGAACUUUCUACCGAUGAAUUUAUACGAACAGUUCAGAAGAUUUGCAAACACUUGUUUUCUUGGAGUUACAAUUCUGACGGUUUUGACACCAGGACCUGUAAGUCCAGUAGUAUAUGCACUCCCUGUUACAGUGAUUGUCACAAUAUCAGCCGUUAAACAAGCGUAUGAGGAUUAUUGUAGACACUAUGCUGAUAACAAAAUCAACAAAACUUCUGUAACAGUUUUGAGAAAAAACUGUCAAUUUGAAAUAGCAUGCAAGAACGUUUGUGUGGGGGACAUAGUGCUUGUGAGUGGCGAGGAGGACGUGCCUUGUGACUUGGUACUUCUCGGCUCCAGUCAGGCGGACGGUCAUUGCUUUGUCACCACCGCCAAUUUGGAUGGAGAAACUAACUUGAAGGUUCGUUUGUGCCCUGCAGGUCUGAACCUCACUGCUUCGAAUCUAGCGCACUCUUCAGGGGUUAUUGAAUGUGAACAACCGACUGCAGACCUUUACACAUUCACUGGCACUAUUCAAAUCGAGGAACAGAAACGAAUCAAGGAUUUCAAGAGCCACCAAGUGAAUGCCGGAUUUGAAGCAUCACAGUCCAUUCAAAGCCUGCCUGAUCUACAGCAGAAUUUUUGUUGUAGUACUAGUAUAGUGCAAACUUUCGAGUUUCGGUCACCUCUCUCAGCAGAGAAUCUCCUUCUCAGAGGAUGCAGAUUGAAGAAUACUAGUUAUGUCUAUGGUUGUGCUGUUUAUACUGGAAAAGAAACGAAAUUGUCGCUCAAUUCACGGCUUUCAAGAAAUAAAUUCUCUACUAUUGAGAGUGCUAUUAACUGGUUUCUGGGAUUCUUCUUUUCAAUACUCCUCACUGAGUCUCUUCUAAGCACUUAUAUGGAAUGGAACUUCGUUAGAGAAAAAGAGAGCGCAAUGACAUACCUUGGAGGAGGGCACAAUUUCAAUUUUCUGAUGUCUUUCUUAGAUUACAUUGUACUGUAUUACUAUAUCAUUCCCACGUCAAUGUACGUUACUUUUGAACUCCAGAGAAUGAUCGGUAAUAACUUCUUCAGAUGGGACUCUGAGAUGAAGUGUAGAGGGAAGACACCGUUAUGUAAUACAUCUGAUCUCAAUGAAGAGCUUGGACAGAUUGAAUACGUUUUCACUGAUAAGACUGGGACUCUGACUGAGAAUGAGAUGCGAUUUGAGUGCUGUUCUGUUGGAGGCAAAGUCUAUUAUGAGAAUGAUGGAGUUGUCACUCUUCUUUCCGACCGAGACCACCAAGAUAGGAGAAUCGUUCUGGAAGAAUUUCCGACGGAACUAGAGAGGUUUCUGGUGGCUAUGGCUGUUUGUCACACGGUUCAUUGCAAUCCGGACUCGAAAGAUGCCAGAAUACCCCUCUAUCAGGCCUCAAGUGCAGAUGAGAAGGCAUUAGUCGAAAGUGCCGCAAGGUGCGGCGUGGUUUUUCAAGGAGUACAACAAGGACUUAUGAAAAUUAUGGUGAUGGAUAGAAUAAAAACAUUCAAGAGAGUUGAAGUGUUGGAGUUUUCAUCAGAACGGAAACGGAUGUCUGUCAUUGUUACUGAUGAAGAGAAUGAGUCUUGGCUUUUUUGCAAAGGAGCAGAAUCUUCUUUGAUGCAAGAAAUUAGAGGCGAAUUCCUCGAGGAAAGCUUGAAUCACUUGCACGAUUUUUCAUCGAGAGGACUUCGAACUCUUGUUUUCUCAUGCCGUAAACUUGAUCAGGACGAGGUGGCCUCAAUGAAAACACUUCUGAUGAAUGCGCGAUUUUCCACUUCUCAAAUGCAGUCAGAAGAAAAAGAAAGCUUCUUGAAUGAUGUAUAUUCAAGUAUUGAAUGCAAUCUAGAACUUUUAGGCAUUUCAGCCGUAGAAGACAAACUUCAGCCAUUGGUAGCUGAAACUUUGGCUAGUUUGAAGUUGGCAGGAAUGAAGGUAUGGAUUUUGACAGGCGAUAAAGUUGAAACAGCAAAGAGUAUUUCCUAUUCAUGUGGACAUUUUGAACCUUCAAAUGAUUUACUCAUUUUGAUGAAUCCUAGCUCUGUAGAAAAUUGCCUUCAACAAUUGGAGGAAAUCAGAACUAAGAUCACAACAGACUGUCGAAAGUGUUAUGCUUUGUUAGUUGAUGGAUUCACUUUUACAAUAAUCAACGGUGAGGAUCACAGCAGGAAAUUAUUUGUUGAAGUGGCUAUGAGUUGCAAAUCAGUGGUAUGCUGUAGACUGUCGCCAAAACAAAAAGCUCAAAUUGUAAAGCUGAUAAAAAGUUCACCUUGCCAUCCAACAACAUUAGCGAUAGGUGAUGGAGCCAAUGAUGUCUCCAUGAUUCAAGAAGCUCAUAUUGGCAUUGGUAUUAUGGGAAAGGAAGGACAUCAAGCGGUGAACUGCUCAGAUUUUGCAUUUGCAGAGUUCCAGUGCUUGAAGAAAGCACUUCUUGUUCAUGGUCACUGGUACUAUAUCAGGGCUGCUACACUCAUACAGUAUUUCUUCUACAAAAAUAUUGUAUUUAUUACACCUCAGGUGUAUUAUGCUUGUGGGAUGUCCCCGGUAGUAUUAUACUGUUCCUUGUUCCUUUUGCUUUACAAUACACUCUUCACGUUUCUGCCCAUUAUGAUGUAUUCCCUGUUAGAACAAGACUACUGCGCCAAUAUUCUAAUGACACAUCCUGAGUUGUACAAGAUCAAUCAAAAUAACAAGCUGAUGACAUGGUACAACUUCGCUCUUUGGGUUUUAUUUGGAAUCUGGCACAGUCUUGUUGUAUAUUUUGUACCUUAUUAUUCAUUGUCGAUAGAAACCACAGUGGAUUUGGCUACAUUUGGAAUGACAAUUGUUCAUAAUGCCAUCCUAGUCGUCAGUUUGAAGUUGCUUCUACACAGUAGAUACUGGACUGUGCUCUUUGUAUUGUCAACCUUAUUCUCCGUACUAGGAUUCUUAAUAUUUUCCUACAUCUAUUCAAUAUUCUUCAGGUUUUUUCAGAUAGUGGACUUUGACUUUCUUGUGAUGUUAGAUGUGCCAUACACAAUGUACAAGUCAUUAUGGUUUUGGUCAGUCAGUGUACUGUCUGUGAUCCUCAGUCUCCUGCCAGAUAUUACGAUCUACAUUUUAAGUAAUCUGGAAACAGAUAACCAUGUCAGUCUCAAGCCUCUUUGUUUGACAAAACAUAGUUCUUUCCGAAUCAGUCAUGAAACAAGAAGGCUCAACUAAAAAUAGAUUGAGAUGUUUGUUGAAUUGACAGUAAAAUAUUGUUAUCAACAAUAAUUGUAACAGUAGAUAAGGGAGUAUACAAGAUUUGUUGAAUAAAUGAAAUGAAAUUAACCAAGAACUACUAAGUAGAAAUCCCGUCAAAAUCCAUAUUCUACAAGAGUUACAAGUUUUCUGCUGCAUCUAUAGAUGAUGAAGACAACUAAUAAUAAUAAUAAUAAUAACUGAUAUUAUUAUUAAGACAACUAAAUACUGUGAUAUUACUUCUAUGUCAGAUAAUGUAUUACUUUUAUCAUUUUAUAAAGUCAAUAAUUAUAACAAUGUUAUGAUG